GAAUUAUUCAGUUUGGCUCGAAAGGGCGAACAGUACAGACAGAGGGAAAAAGGAGGAAUACAAUCGCUAUGAAUCGGGCUUAAAAUUCAGCAAUCGAAUACGUUUUCUCAAUUGAUAAUAAUUUUAGAUCCCUCUAGAAACCAAAAAUGUAUAGCCAAGAGGAAGAAAUGAUGUAUGAGGCUGAGGACGACGGUGAUGAAAUCACUGCGGACCUCUGGCAGGAGGCUUGCUGGAUCGUCAUCAGUUCUUAUUUUGAUGAGAAAGGUUUAGUACGACAACAGCUGGACUCGUUUGACGAGUUUAUACAGAUGUCCGUUCAGCGAAUCGUGGAGGAUUCGCCUCAGAUAGAUCUCCAAGCGGAGGCGCAACACACGUCAGGAAUGGUGGAAACGCCGCCGAGAUACCUGCUGAAGUUUGAACAGAUUUACCUGUCUAAGCCUACCCACUGGGAGAAGGACGGAGCUCCCAGUCCCAUGAUGCCUAACGAGGCUAGACUCAGAAACCUCACAUACUCGGCUCCAUUGUACGUGGACAUCACUAAAACAGUAGUCAAAGAAGGGGAGGAUCCAGUGGAAACACAGCACCAAAAGACCUUUAUUGGCAAAAUACCCAUCAUGCUUCGCUCCACCUACUGCCUUCUGAACAAUCUUGUCGACCGUGACUUGACGGAGUUAAACGAGUGUCCGUUAGACCCAGGGGGUUACUUCAUCAUCAACGGGUCAGAGAAAGUCCUCAUAGCUCAGGAAAAGAUGGCUACAAACACAGUGUAUGUUUUCCAGCAAAAGGACUCUAAGUAUGCCUUUAAGACAGAGAUCCGUUCCUGUUUGGAGCAUUCCUCACGUCCCACAAGUACCCUGUGGGUCAACAUGAUGGCUAGAGGGGGUGGGGGUGCCAAGAAAAGUGCCAUAGGACAGAGAAUCAUUGGAAUCUUGCCAUAUAUCAAACAAGAAAUCCCGAUCAUCAUCGUGUUCAGAGCCCUGGGUUUUGUGUCUGACCGUGACAUCCUGGAACACAUCAUUUAUGAUUUUGAUGAUCCAGAAAUGAUGGAAAUGGUGAAACCUUCCCUAGAUGAGGCCUUUGUGAUCCAGGAACAGAAUGUGGCCUUGAACUUUAUAGGCUCCAGGGGGGCAAGGCCAGGUGUCACGAAGGAGAAACGUAUCAAGUACGCCCGGGAAAUUCUACAGAAAGAGAUGCUGCCUCACGUAGGAGUGAGCGACUUCUGUGAGACCAAGAAGGCGUAUUUCCUGGGCUACAUGGUUCACCGAUUGCUGCUGGCAGCCAUUGGUCGUAGAGAAGUGGACGACAGGGAUCACUAUGGUAACAAGAGACUGGAUUUGGCUGGUCCCCUUCUCGCUUUCUUGUUCAGAGGGUUGUUCCGUAAUCUGAUGAAGGAGGUGAGGUUAUAUGCCCAGAAGUUCAUUGACAGAGGAAAAGACUUCAAUCUGGAGCUGGCAAUAAAGACUAGGAUUAUCACAGAUGGACUGAAGUAUUCCCUGGCCACCGGGAACUGGGGGGACCAGAAGAAGGCUCACCAGGCCAGAGCGGGGGUCUCACAGGUGUUAAACAGAUUAACAUUUGCCUCCACUCUAUCUCAUCUGAGGAGACUAAACUCACCGAUCGGUCGAGAUGGAAAGCUAGCUCGACCUCGACAGCUACACAACACACAGUGGGGGAUGAUCUGUCCUGCCGAGACCCCAGAGGGAAGUGCUGUAGGCCUGGUGAAGAACUUGGCCCUGAUGGCCUACAUUUCUGUGGGUUCCCAGCCCUCUCCUAUCCUGGAAUUCUUGGAGGAGUGGAGCAUGGAGAAUCUGGAGGAGGUGGCUCCCUCAGCCAUUCAGGACGCAACCAAAAUUUUUGUGAACGGUUGUUGGGUCGGCAUUCAUCGAGAUCCAGAACAGCUCAUGAACACUCUCCGUAAACUCCGCCGAGAAAUGGACAUCAUUGUCUCAGAGGUGUCUAUGAUUCGAGAUAUCAGGGACAGAGAGAUCCGUAUCUACACAGACGCUGGUCGUAUUUGUCGUCCUCUGCUGAUUGUAGAGAAUCAGAAACUACUGCUAAAACAGAGCCAUAUAAAACAACUCAAACAAAGAGAGUAUAACAAUUACAGCUGGCAGGACCUGGUGGCCAGUGGUGUUGUAGAGUACAUUGACCCUCUAGAGGAGGAGUCCAUCAUGUUGGCCAUGACCCCUGAUGACCUCUCGGACAAGGACGUCCAGUACUGUUCUACCUACACCCACUGUGAGAUCCACCCGGCCAUGAUCCUGGGAGUCUGCGCCUCCAUCAUCCCAUUCCCGGAUCAUAACCAGUCUCCUCGUAACACUUACCAGUCUGCUAUGGGUAAACAAGCCAUGGGUGUCUACAUCACUAACUUCCACGUCAGAAUGGACACCCUGGCUCACGGACUCCUCUACCCCCAGAAACCGCUAGUCACCACCCGAUCUAUGGAAUAUCUACGAUUCCGAGAGCUGCCCGCAGGUAUUAAUUCUAUCGUGGCCAUUGCGUCGUACACAGGAUAUAAUCAGGAAGAUUCUGUCAUCAUUAAUGCCUCGGCCAUUGAGAGAGGCUUCUUCAGAUCAUUUUUCUUCCGUUCCUAUAAAGACUCAGAAUCCAAGAAAGGCUUAGAUCAGGAGGAGAUAUUUGAGAAACCAACGCGAGAGAGUGUCCAAGGUAUGAGACAAGCAGUUUAUGACAAACUUGAUGAGGAUGGAAUAAUCUCCCCUGGAAUACGAGUCUCAGGAGAUGACGUGUUGAUAGGAAAGACAUUGACACUUCCUGCCAAUGAAGAUGAGUUGGAGGGAACAACAAAGAGAUUCACAAAACGAGACGCCAGUGUGUUCAUGAGGAGAAGUGAAACGGGAAUCAUAGACCAGGUGAUGAUAACUCUGAAUCAGGAAGGUUACAAGUUCUGCAAAAUCAGGGUACGGACAGUGAAGACGCCACAGAUUGGGGACAAGUUUGCCAGUCGUCACGGACAGAAGGGAACGUGUGGGAUCACAUACAGACAGGAGGACAUGCCGUUUACCUGUGAGGGAAUCACUCCAGAUAUCAUCAUUAACCCCCACGCUGUUCCCAGUCGUAUGACCAUCGGUCACUUGAUCGAGUGUCUGCAGGGGAAAGUGGCGGCUAACAAGGGGGAGAUAGGUGAUGCCACGCCAUUCAACGAUGCCGUCAAUGUACAGAAAGUCUCCAACCUCCUACAUCAGUACGGCUACCACUUACGAGGGAACGAGGUGCUGUACAAUGGAUUCACAGGAAGGAAGCUAAAUGCUCAGAUUUUCCUGGGUCCCACUUAUUACCAGAGACUGAAGCAUAUGGUGGACGACAAGAUCCACUCCCGGGCUCGAGGGCCGCUACAGAUCCUGAACAGACAACCCAUGGAAGGCAGAGCUAGAGAUGGAGGAUUACGAUUUGGUGAAAUGGAGCGUGACUGUCAGAUCGCCCACGGUGCCGCCCAGUUCCUGCGAGAGCGACUCUUUGAGGCUUCAGAUCCCUACAGAGUACAUGUGUGUAACUUCUGUGGCCUCAUUGCUAUAGCAAACCUAAGGAACCAAACGUUUGAAUGCAGAGGCUGCAAAAACAAGACACAGAUCUCACAGAUUCGUAUUCCGUACGCCUGUAAGCUACUCUUCCAAGAGCUGAUGUCAAUGAGCAUCGCGCCACGUAUGAUGGUCAUGGGGUGAAAUAAUGACUGUUAAAAUCAUACAACAUACAGACACACCAACAAAGUCAAUGUGUUCAGGACAGUAUUCCCGUUCUGUGGGGUGAAGUGAAUGAGAAAUCAUAAGAAGAAGACCUGACCCGUUCAUGUGCGACAUUUUAGGUUGUUAAUUAUGUCAAUGUCAUGGGUCUUCUGUGGAUUUAUAGAAAGGCUGGUCAGGGAAAUGCUUGUAAUCAUGCAUAUGAAAAUUUUAUCUGUGUUUAUCAUGUCCAUGUUUUUGGAGAUAUCCACCACCCAGAUCAAUAGUGUUUGAAUUGAACAAGGUGAUUUUGUAUCAUGAUGGAAACCAAUUGCAAGUAUUUUACCGGUACUAUGUUGUGAAUUUGCCAAAAAUGGUACAUGUAAUGAUGUACAUUUAUUUUAAAAUUUAAAAUUACAAGACUUUCAAACUUUAAUGAAGAUUGUUUGUAAAUUGUAAUUAAACCAUUAAAAAGAUGA